AUGGUCCUCAUACCUCUUAAUCCCAACGAGUACAUGGAUGCCAGCAAAUCAGCCGUGCUUCACCGUGACCUCAAGAGUCAGUUCGCUCGCACCGUGGGCAGCGAAGGCAACUGUUACGUCGUUGAAGGCGGUAGAAAGAUAUUCGAUGCUUCCGGAGGCGCUGCUGUAGCUUGCCUUGGUCAUGGAGACAGGAGAGUUGCAGAUGCCAUGAUACGGCAGCUCAAUAGCCUCGCCUACAGCCCGUCGACCUUCUUUACAACGUCAGUGUGCGAACAGCUCUGCCAACUCUUGGUCAAUUCUACCCAAGGCCAUAUGUCCCGAGCCUACCUCCUCAGUAGCGGAUCCGAGGCUAUGGAGGCAGCCAUGAAACUCGCAAGACAGUACUUUUUGGAGAAGGAACCAGCACAGUCUCAAAGACAUAUUUUUAUUUCCCGUCAAAGGUCGUAUCACGGAACAACCUUAGGCGCAUUGUCUGUGGGAGGCCAUGUGGCCCGUCGAGCUAAUUUCACGCCCAUGCUCCUCAGCAACAUCGUUUCUCAUGUUUCCCCCUGUUUUGCAUUUAGGGAAAAGAAAAUGGGAGAGUCCGACAAAUCUUAUGUGACAAGACUUGCCAAGGAGCUUGAUGAUGAAUUCAUUCGGCUUGGACCCGAGAGAGUGUGCGCAUUCGUGGCGGAGCCGAUUGUGGGAGCAGCUCUAGGGUGUGUUCCUGCGGUGCCUGGAUACUUCCAGGCGAUAAAAUCUGUCUGUGACCGAUACGGCGCGCUACUCAUCAUGGACGAAGUCAUGAGCGGCAUGGGUCGUAGCGGAACUCUGCAUGCGUGGGAAGCCGAAGGCGUCGUCCCCGAUAUCCAAACCAUAGGUAAAGGUUUGGCUGGGGGCUAUCAACCGAUUUCUGGUGUUCUCAUAAACAAAAGGGUCUGCGAAGUGCUAGAAAAUGGAUCCAGUUUAGUGGAGAUACUGACGGUCAUCAUGUCCGUCGGGCCUACGAGCAGUCGGCAUGCUGCCGAUGAGGAGGCUCGCGCUGAGGUCGACGUUCUUAAUUCGCGACUGGAGAAAACUGCUCAAUUAACCAAAAAGAUUCAAGCAUGCAUGGGAAGGCUGGAGUCCACAGGCAAGAGCGUGCGGGAUGUGGCUGGCCCCCUUAGCGGAGAGACCAAGAAGCUUCAGAUACUGGGAAACAAUAUCGACGCCGUUCUUGCUGCCAUCGACCGGCUACGGCAACCUGCGGACAGUAAAAACGACGAGGAGCAGAUCAUUCGCGCUGGCCCAGACCAGGCCGGCUUGUCCAACUACCUUGCCUCCAUCAAGCGUCUGACUAAAUCUCUUGCCGACAUGCAAGCUUCGAACCUGCGUGCGAAUCAACAAACCAUGUCGGAGCUUGUGCGGUUGAUUAAAUCGGGCAAUUCACAACUCGAAGGUCAUUUUGACAAGCUCCUUCGAGGCGAAACUCCCCGGUCGGUAGAACCGCUCCACUAUAUCACAAAGGACAUGCCAUUUCCCGUUUUGUCACAAGAUAAGGUCGCGCGUCUUGGUCUUGUUAAUUCUUACGUCGCCAACAACCACCGGCAGAACGGCGGUGCUGCUACCCCCCAGGACUCCUCUACCGCUAAGAUAUACGCCGAGAUACGUGGACCUUACCUUUCAACGACAUUGGCCAACCUGGCUGCAGCCAGCGUCAAUACAACAAAGAAAAAGAAUCCCGAUGCGAUCUACCGUGCCGGAACCAACGGCAUAGGCACCUAUGCUCAGGCCAUGGAGGGACUGUUUCUGGCAGAAUACGACAACAUAUGUAGCAUAUUCACUCGCGACGAUUGGGGGCCCCUAUUUCAGGCCACUUGCCAGGCUGCCAUGGCCGAAUUGGCUCGGACUUUGCGGGAGCUAAAUGGUCAUAUAAAAAGUCAUCUCCACACAGAUUGCUAUCUUGCGUACGAAAUCACCGAAAUCAUGUCUGGCUUAUCAAGUAACCUAGAAACGCGUACUGGGGAGCUUAAGUCAUCGCUCGCUGCUGCUCUACGCCCCGUUCGUGAGACGGCGAAGCUCUCUCUCGGAGAGUUGUUGGACGACACAAGGCGAAGAGUAGCGAAUAUGCAGACCCUUCCCCAAGAUGGUGCGCCGGUACCAAUUGUGUCCGAAACCAUGCAGCGUCUGCAAACCAUGGUUGAAUUCUUACGGCCUAUCUCAAGCAUCAUGUUCUCUCUGGGCGAUGGGGGUUGGAAAUCGAAUACUGCUGUCGAUGGGCGCUCAACUGAUGCCAUUCCAAGCCUGGCUUCUUUUGAUAUUGGUGCUGAUGGCAAGGAAAUAUUUGCGCAUUACUGCACUGAUACAGUUGAUAUGCUGCUUUCCUCUCUAGACCAGAAGGCCAAGAUGGUUCUCAAAGGCCGAGCUGUUAUCGGCGUUUUCUUGGCUAAUAGUGUUGUCAUAGUUGAACGCAUGAUUCGCGACUCGGAUCUUGCUCCUCUUCUCGAGCAACGGAUGGCCAUGUUGGAUCAAUGGCGAAAAAAGGCAACUGCCAUGUACACAAUGGAUUGUAAGGAGGUAUCGACUCACUUGUUCGAUGUUAUCCACACUAGCAAGCAGCGACCGACAUCCGGCCAGGCCGACUCGGCCUCCAUUCUCAAAGGCCUCAGUAGUAGGGACAAGGACAACAUUAAGGGCAAGUUUCAGGCAUUCAACGCUUCGUUCGACGAAAUGGUCAGUCGUCAUAAGACCUACAACAUGGAGAGAGAAGUUCGUCAAAUGUUUGCUCGGGACAUUCAGCAAAUGCUUGAGCCCUUGUAUAACCGAUUUUGGGAUCGAUAUCACGAGGUUGACAAGGGUAAGGGAAAACACGUUAAGUACGACAAGGCCGGGAUAGCCGCCGUAUUCAUGACCCUUUACUGA